AUGCUUCAUCAAAAUCCAAUCAUCUCCCGAUCCCCCCAUGGGCUUGACCUGCUCCCGACCGAAAGGGAAACGCUCCUCAUCCUCAUCCAAGUCCUGUCACCAUCAGGCAUGUCACCCAACACACCCGAAGACCUCUUACUAGCGCAUAUCAAUGCCUGGCUGCGCGAGGACUUGCACUCCCGACAAAUCCUCCACAUAGAGCGGGAAACUAACACGACCACAACGACCAACCUUGCCUCACAUGCCACCAAGGGGGCUGUUGACGCAACUCCUCACCCUAGUUGUGUGAGCGCGACGACAACUAUUACCACCACCAAGGCCUCUGCUGCAGACCCUCUCUAUACGGGCUCCUCUACCAAGAAGCAAACACCUGAGACUGAGCUCGAAGACGCUGCGCUGGCCCUAGCACUGGACGAGUCCCGUAAACUUGAGGCUCAACGCCAGGCUCUGCUUGAACAACAGCGCAUGGAAGUUGAGUUCCUUGAGGUGAAAGAACGCCAGAAACGUGAGGAGUGGGAGCAUAAACCAGCUGUUGAAGAGGCCGCCCGUCAGGCUAAAGAGCGUGAAAAGGCUGUCCGCAGAGCAAAGGAGCUCGAAGAAGCUGCCCGACGGGCUAGAGAGGCCGAAGAGGCAAGACAAAAGGAGUUGGAGCGUCAGGCGAGGGAGAGAUUCCUACGACAGCGGGAAAAAGAACAAGAACGAGAACGCUUGAGGGAGUUCUUCCGGUCCAGGGAGAUCAAAGCCGAGGAUCCUCAGCCCUGGGAGCCAACAGUCAACCGCUUUGUCCUCCGCCAAGCGCUCGAAUCCCAACUCCUCACUGCAUCUCGAAACGAGCGGCACCGCAUGGCACGGUCCAAGGCUGCGAUCGAAGCCUUACAAACCUCCUCCGAGCUAACCAAAUCCGCCUCUUCUCAAACCCAAGCUCCAGUCCAAGCCCUCGUAGUAGCGAUCCAAAAAGCGCAGGACCUUAGCUCCCUGGAGGACGCAGCCAUCGCAAGGGCAGUGGAAGAAUCCAUCGUCAGUGAAGCAGCAAGACGCAUUGUGGAAGUCAAAGAGAGAGAGGCUGAAGAACAGGUGAGGAGGAGAGAGUUGCUGGAGGAGAGGGCUGGACGGAUGCAGUGGGAGAGGCUCUUGGAGCUUGUUGGGAAGGUGAAGAAGGGGUUUUCUGCGGAGAGUACUGUCGAUCCUAUUGUGGAGGAGAUGGUCAAGGUUUGUGGAACAACGUUGAGUGGAGGGUGGGGUGGGAAGAGGGAUUGA